AUGAACUAUCCGGUUCAAUUAAUUGCGAGAUUUGACAUCAAGCAGAAACUUUUAAUUGUGAAAAUUUGGAAACCGGACCACAACCAUAAUCCAGACUUCGAGGAAAAUACAAACACAGGUCAACAAAAUACAGAGCAUGACGACGAUGAUUCAAGUGAUACGGUGAAUACGGUACAUCCAUGUACAGCAAGUACUUCAAGACUGGCUAGUAGUAGUAGUGGUAGUGGUAGUAAUGUCAACGUCGAUGGUGAGAGCGAGCGCAAUAUUUUACAUAAUAAUAAAAAAUCUUUACUGCAUAGUAUUCAAAGAAUGCCAAGUGACGAAACAAUUAACGUCAAUAAUAACUUAUCCGAUAAUAACACAUCAAUAGCCACUACGGCAAUAAUAGUUGACCAAUUAUUAAGUGAAUCCGAUGAUGACGUAUCACAACAACAAUUUUAUUCACUAUGUAACAAUUUAGAAUUACUGGAAGACGACAGUUCCACAGAAGAGUCAUUAACAAAUUUACAGACCGUUAAUACACCGCAAUAUUGGAACCUUAUACAAAUUGAUAGUGAAAAAGCCCGUGGAAGACCGAAGGCGAAGAAAAGACCACCGGUAGGAUCACAGCAUCUAAACCCGAUUAGAAAUGUUUUUACUCGUAAUGAUAUUGAUACUAUUAUUUCAACUGAUACAGAAAAAUCCAGCAAUCAAGAACUUGUCGUUGAUAUGAAUCCGCCUACUACUGCUGAUUCUACAAUUAUUAUUCCAGCUACUACAGAACCUUUUAGCUAUGAAGAUACACUUACAGUUGAAGAGAAUCCUAUAUCUAAAAUUGAUCUUUGUCACAAUAUAUCUUUCAGCACUGGUAUAACUGCUAUUAAUUUGUUAAAUGCUGAAACUCAAGAACUUGUCGUUGAUAUAAAUCCACCUACUACUGAUGAUACUACAACUAUUAUUCCAGCUACUACAGAACCUUUUAGCGAUGAAGAUACACCUACAGUUGAAGAGAAUCCUAUAUCUAAAAUUGAUCUUUGUCACAAUAUAUCUUUCAGCACUGGUAUAACUGCUAUUAAUUUGUUAAAUGCUGAAACUCAAGAACUUGUCGUUGAUAUAAAUCCGCCUACUACUGAUGAUACUACAACUAUCAUUCCAGCUACUACAGAACCUUUUAGCGAUGAAGAUACACCUACAGUUGAAAAGAAUCCUAUAUCUAAAAUUGAUCUUUGUCACAAUAUACCUUUCAGCACUGGUCCAACUACUAUUAAUUUGUCAAAUGCUAAAACUCAAGAACUUGUUGUUGGUAUGAAUCCGCCUACUACUACUGUGACUAUUAUUUCAGUAGCAUCAGAACCAUCAAGCGAAGAAGACACAACUACAGUUGAAGAGAAUCCUAUAUCUAAAACCGAUAUUUCUCUUAAUAAUAUACCUUCCAGUGCGGCUACAACUGCUAUUAAUUUGUCAAAUACUGAAACUCAAGAACUUAUCGCUGGUAUGAAUAUUUCUAAUACUGCUACUACUACAACUAUUAUUUCAACUGCUACAGAAACACCUAACGAUGAAGAUACACCCACUACUAAAGAUAAUCCUAUAUCUAAACCCGAUAUUUCCCACAAUAUACCUUCCAAUGCGACUACAACUGCUAUUAAUUUGUCAAAUACUGAAACUCAAGAACUUAUCGCUGGUAUGAAUCUUUCUAAUACUGCUACUACUACAACUAUUAUUUCAACUGCUACAGAAACACCUAACGAUGAAGAUACACCCACUACUAAAGAUAAUCCUAUAUCUAAACCCGAUAUUUCCCACAAUAUGCCUUCAGAUGCUGCUACGUCUGUUGUUAAUGUUUCAUCUACUACUGAUGCUACUGAUGUAGAAAAAGAUAGUAAGGAGUUAGAGAAACUGAUGAGUCACUUAAUAUCUGAAAACUUAGUUGUAUCAGUUAUAAACAAAUCAAAAAAAAUAACUAAAAUCGAUCUUGCUGAACAUAUUAAAAAUCUUUCUGAUGCCGUGCCUUAUGCCCUGGAAAGAUUUAUAAAUCUCCAGGAUUAUUUCGAAACUGACGCCUACAAGGAUUUAAUCAAUGCAGUUAAAAAAAAAAAAUGA